CAGCCCUGGGCACGGGGGUGGGGGUUGCAGAGCGAUCGGUGUGUGUGUGACUCACAAGGGGUCGUCCUCUCUCCGUCUACUUCACUCGCUCACUCGGCCCGUCUCUCGCUCUUGCCACCAACGCCGCAGCAGCCGCCGUCGUCCGCGAGUGCCCGUGUGCCGAAGCUGUUGCCGCGAGUUCGUAGGGGCGAGUGAACGGAGACGACGCCGAGAUGGAAGCCAUCAAGAAGAAGAUGCAGAUGCUGAAGGCGGAUAAGGAGAACGCCAUCGACCGGGCCGAGCAGGCCGAGACGGACAAGAAGGCGGCGGAGGAGAAGGCUCACAGCGUGGAGGACGAGCUGCAGGCGCAGCAGAAGAAGCUCAAGGGCACCGAGGACGAGCUGGACAAGUACUCCACGUCGCUCAAGGACGCGCAGGAGAAGCUCGAGCAGGCCGAGAAGAAGGCGGCCGACGCCGAGGCUGAUGUGGCGUCGCUGAACAGGCGCAUCCAGCUGGUGGAGGAGGAGUUGGACAGGGCCCAGGAGCGUCUCUCCACCGCUCUCCAGAAGCUCGAGGAGGCCGAGAAGGCGGCUGAUGAGAGCGAGAGAGGCAUGAAGGUGAUAGAGAACAGGGCUUCCAAGGAUGAGGAGAAAAUGGAACUGCAGGAGAUCCAACUGAAGGAAGCCAAGCACAUCGCCGAGGAGUCCGACCGCAAGUAUGAGGAGGUGGCACGUAAACUCGUCAUUCUUGAGGGAGACCUCGAGCGGACAGAGGAACGUGCCGAAGUUGCCGACGCCCAAGUCAGGCAGCUGGAGGAGCAGCUAAGAAUUCAGGAUCAGCACUUGAAGGGCCUCAUGGCUUCUGAGGAGGAGUAUUCGCAAAAGGAGGACAAAUAUGAAGAAGAAAUUAAAAUUCUUACUGACAAGCUGAAGGAGGCUGAGACCCGUGCCGAGUUUGCCGAGCGUUCGGUAGCCAAGCUGGAGAAGAGCAUUGACGACCUGGAAGAUAAACUGGGUCACGCCAAGGACGAGAACCUGAAGCUGAACCAAGCCCUGGAACAGACCCUGCAGGAGUUGCACAACUUGUAAGGGGGGGGGGGUGGCGUCAAACCUUCGGCCCACCCGCCUGCCCACCCGCACGGUCCUCUUCCCGUCAAGGAGAUCCCUCCACCCUUGCACUGCCUCCAGCCACCCUCCCCUCCUCCUACCCCCUCCCCACUACUCCCAUCACAGUGCAUCUAACCCCCCCCCACACCAUCGACAUCGCUGACGCACGACUCUGCACAAACCCAGCACCUCUCUCAGCCUCUAUCUCUUUCUUCAACUUUGUAAUUGCUCCUUCCUGCAGGACAAUUAAGGGACUGCAUCGGCAGUGUUGUACAAGCACAAACCUAAAAUAUUUGGCUACCUGUCUUUGUUAACACUGCCUUAUAACAUUACUACGAUUGUGACUCUUAUCAUGUCUGCUGUAAGACGGUGUUAAUGGACGUUUUAAGUUUGUCACCACCCCCCCGCCUGUCUGUCGAUCCCUGUCGCUGCGUGACGUUGUGGGUGGGGGGGGUCUGCGUUGUUGGCUUUGCUGGGAAGUUGCUGGCACUCUGUUUGGCACCGGUGGUGGGUGGCGCACAACCACCACCGGCGGCACCACACCUCCCUUCCCGUGCACUCCCACACGUCUGCUACAGAUGGCAGCGUGUGGUUUAGCAGAUAUUGUUUUUAAAUUCGUGGUUGACAUUUUGUCGUUGCUAGCAUUGUGCGUUAGUGACCCAAGCUGAAUCACGGACGUCGCUGCUGCUGCUGUUGUCUCUCCCCCUGUUGGAAUUGGCCGAUGGAGACGCGAACGAAUCUUGGAGACGAUGAGGGGAAUGAAGGCCGAGGUGGUACAUUGUUUGAAGGCCCCCCCCCCCACCCAAAGGGGUUUGUCCCCUCAUCUCAACGCUUCUCACCGCUGGCUCAGAAUUGUCCUGUUGUUAUUCUCACUCUGACUUUGGCCAUAAUUGGAGAUUGAUUUUUUUUUAAUUCGUCACACCUUGUUCGCGAUCGGCACAACUCCCCUCCCUUGUCGUCAGCCUAAAUAAUGGCAAACCGUUAAUUAUCCCUUUUUUAAAAGGUGGAAACCCAUUCCGUUAUCGUUUCAGAUAGACGAUUCAGGUGGGAGUUGGGUGAUGUGAGCGUAGCUGUGCCGUCGAGUCCCGUCUGUUUAGAGUUCGUGAAUGUGAAUUAAGCCUCGUGUGUUUGUGUUCCUAAAAGUAGUUUUUUUUAACCUCGUUGCUUCUGCUCUGGGGGGGGGGGUGGGGUGUGUGAAAGGAGUGCUCCCUUCCAUAACUUCCUUACUAUAUAUGAGAUAUGAUGUCCCCCCCUCCUUGCUUCUUGAAGACCUAAGGUGCACGGCAAUUUCACUGCAAUCUACGCGAGCCUGACGUGAAGGUGAUGGAUUGGUCGCAUCGCACAAUUGCCACGCUUUUUGCCCCAUGCAAUCGGA